AUGCUUCAACAAUCAACAAGAUUUGCACUCAGAAAAUUUAAUCAUCAUCACACCCCUUCGGGUUUAUUAUUUUGGAAUCCGUCAUGUAAUUCCUUCCACGCUAAUAAUUGUUUUAAACAAGCAAGCGAAGGAACACCAUCAAAAAGCAUGGAUGUUAUUUAUCAGGAAUUAGAAAAUCAGAGACAAUAUUACUUGAAUUACGUAAAGAAGAAGGAAGAAACAGAUGAAGAAGUUCUUCAAAAUUAUAAUGCUCUUUUUAGACCAUUUUUAAAAGCCUAUAUUAAAGAUAUUCGUUUUCUAGUUGAUCGUUAUGAACCUCUCCGAAUUCAAAAAGAAAUAGAAAAGGAUAUUAAAGAUGGUAAUAUGCCAAAGAAAUACAAUGUUAGUUGGGUUACACCUAGUGCUGUUAGUCAAUUUAGAACUGAAAAUCAACCUCUUGCAUUAAGACUUCUUGGUUUCUUUGGACAAGAAUCAAUUAUUAACAGAUCCACUGACUUUGUCUGGAACAUGAUAUUAAAUCAUAUCAAUGCUAUUAGAAAGAGUGGAAUUUAUGAAAAAGUUAAUCUUGGUAAUGUUAGUUGGACUGGUUCAGACUUUUUCGUUUGGACUUUACAUUUGUGGGUAAUUUUCAGAAGAUUACGUUUUGAAGGAAGUGAUGGCGAUUUAAUGUCAAAGAAAUUGUGUGAUAGAUUUUGGAAUUAUGUUGAACAUUACAUUAAUGAUACUUAUAAGGUUAAUGCAUAUACUCUUCCAAAGAAUUUAAAGAGACUCCAACAAAUUCACUACGGUAUUUGUAUUCAAUUGGAUGAAAUUCUUGAUUUGGAAAAUUCUGCCAACACAACUGAUUCUGCUCCUUCCUCAUGGGAUCCAAAAACUUUAUCAGAACUUAUUAAGGAUUCUUCAGAUCAAGAUUCUUUGAUUGCAGAAGUUGUUUGGAGAAAUUUCUAUUGUGGUGGUGUUGAAUUUAAAAACUUGGAUGUUGACGAUACAGUUUCUGGUGAGGUUGAAGUGACAGCAGAGGAUGUAUUAUUCUGGACUAGAUAUAUUCGUUACUUGUUGUGUUGGACUGAUCACGUCGACUCUGUAAUUUUGAUGAGAGGAUUAUUCCAUUAUCACUUGCCUCAAGAUGAUUUUGUAACAAAAUUCAAAGCAGGAGAUGCUGCAUUCGCUCCACCUUAUCUUCCAACUACCAAAAAAUAA